UGUAGCUCUCAGUGCAGGGUACUUCCAAUGCGGAAGUCAGAAGGUUGCAUGUUGGCAGCCUUAUAUACUCGCUGAGAGCUGUCGCCCGCGCAGUUGCUGUGAUUGUUCUGACCGUGGACUUAGUUGAUCAAAAUGCAUUCAAUCAUCAUAUUCGCUGCUUGCUUCGCAGUAGCUCAGGCUAGGCCUGGUCUGUUCUUCACUCAACCAUUGGCUGCGACUGGUAUAGAAUACGCCCAUUCAGGACCCUCCAUACAACCCCAUCCUGCUGUGGCACAGAACGCUGCUAAUGAAGCAUUACUGCCACCAGAGUUGUUGAAGUCUAACUCGUUCUAUAGCAAUCCAGCGAUCGCUUCGGGAUUGGCCAAGGAGUCGUGGUUCACUAAAAAAGAAAUGCAAGUCGUGGAACGGGAAGCAGAGAAAAUACCCCGACAGCGUAUUUAUGAUAUUGUUAAAAGUGCUGGAUUUAUAUAAUAAGUAGUAAGAAUUAAAAUAUAAAAAUAGCUAAAACUCAGGUGAUUUCUGACUAACGUAGGUUACUACUUGUAAGGGUUUGUUCGAGUUGAGUUCGGAAAUCUUGCGAGUUUUAGUAAUUUUUCUAUUUCAAUUUGUUUUAGAUUUAUAAAAAAAACUUGCAGUGUCUUAGAAUUAAAUUGUUGCUAUUAAUUAAAUUCUAAGAUAUAGUAGAUUGAUUGUU